CCAUUAUAGUCUCUUGUUUUCUUUAUCCUUGUGGAAGGAAUGGGAGAAAACAAGAGGGAAGGAGGAUAUUGGGGUUCUUGCUAGAUAGUGGGGUUGGACUUGAUUUACUUCAGAGCUCAUCUCUUUAGGAUGUUUUUCAUAAUUUUUUUUAUUGAAUCACUGUGAAGUACACCAUCACAAAGCUGUUCAUAAUUGGGUUUCAGUCAUACAAUGUUCCAUCACCCAUCCCUCCACCAGUGUACAUUUUCCAGCACCAAUGUCCACAGUUUGCCUCCUAUCACCCCCUGUCCCAGCUGUCUCUGUGCCAGGCACUUUUCUUUUUGCUCACUCUUUCUCCUGUGCAUUAUGGUUUGCAGCUGGGUGCUGACUUUGGGUUGUGGACAUGACUGCCAGGGCUUCCAGAGGUACAGGGAGGUAUGGGGAGGUGCACAUCCUGACCCCAAGAGAGCCUGGAGAUUUCAGUCACAAAAUCCGCAUACCCAAAGUUUCAGCAGAUUACUUUCUUGGUGAGGUCCAUCCCAAGAUAGUUGAGGUCAGCUGGGGGCACGGCAGCAAUUUUGGAUUGGAGUAAGCAGCUGCUGAGAGCUCUGCUCGGGCUGGCACUGGCAAACCUUCCCCCUGUACCCCAUUUUGUACAGCCUUGCACCAGUCCGAGAUUAAUUGUGGCUUCUGAUUUCUUGAGAUUUAUGUUUGGGUUUCUGAAGCAAGGCCAAUAAAUGAGCUUGUAUGGCUGAGCCAGAGGUGCUUUGUGGGCGUGGCUUCCACAUACCUAACUUUUGGCAGUUUAAUUUGUCAGGAAACUUGGUCCUGAGUUGUUGGGGUCUCGCCAGAGGCAUGGCAAAUCUGGGAUGUCAGGAAGCCCAAGGACACCACCAGGCUGCUGAUGCCCUCGCCCCACAGGUACAGCUUGAGCUGCCAUCAGUGCUGGGCCCCUGGGCCCCCUAAGCGACAGCAGCAGUGGACCCGGCAGGGACCAGGACCGGGCCUAGGCUGCGACAGUACACGGCGGAGGCACUCUGGGUGAGCUGCAGCACCCAGUCCAGCAGAACCUGGCCAGGGACACAGCCCCAUCUUUGGUCUCCUAACAUUGGUGCUCGGGGAAGUGUCGCUCUACAACAUGCUGUGGGUGGCGGGGUCCCAUGGUGGGGACUGGAGCGUUUCCUCAACUCUGGGACCUCAGCACCCGCACCCGCCGAGGUGCCAAGUUGGACCUGAAGAGCCCCGUCCAGGCCCUUAAAACUGCUGCCGCCCAGAGUGCCGAGAGCUGCGGGACCAAUGCCUGCUGGCCUCCGUGCCACUGCCAUCCUCACAUGUCCAGCUCCGGGCGAUGUGUGAGGCCGGAGCUGGAAUAUCCUUGAGCCAGAAUAUCCAAGGGACACCCACCUUCAAUCACGUAGAAAUUAUGUAGCUCCGUGGCUGUUCAGAGCGCUGAGUUGCGGUCCCUCCCGCAGCCCUCUGACCCAGAAGCCUUUCUCAUUUUCAUAACUUACAUAACUCUUAGCUCUCAGUUGGGCGUGGGGUUGGGCGCACCUAGCUGUUCAGGAGUGAUCCCUUGGAAGUGCUUAGGGGGUUAUGCGUGGUUCUAGGGACUCAAACUAGGGUCACAGCCAGUGUGGUCACAGGCAGGGCUAGUGCUUUAUCUCUUGUACUAUCUCUCAAGCUUAAUAAUUGUUUUUGUUUCCUCUACCACACUGGUGGUCAACCCAGGACUUCAUAUGUGCAAGACAGUUGCUCUACCCCUGAAUUACAUCCCUGACCCUAGAAGAAAUAUUUUGACUGCUGUGUUUUCCUUAAAACUUAAUUUUGAAAAUAGACCAAUAAUGUGAUUUUUUAUAUUAAAGAAACACCCAUUUCAGAGAAGACUGAAGUUUGCUUUGAUCAAGCCAGCCCCAUCCCAGCCCCUUUUGCCUUCUUCAGGGUUCAUCAUUGGUACUGGUUUUAUAAGAGCCCUGCCAGACUUUUGUGCUUUUAUACACACACACACGUGUGCAUAUACACACACAUAUAUUUAUGUCAUAUAUCAAACUUCAUAUGUAAUAAGUAUAUGUAUAAUUAUCUUCUUAUUUUCCACAACUGCCUAUGGUGAUUGAUAACCAGUAGAUACUAAAAAAAUCUUACUGCUACCUGAGUUUGUGAGAUUGCAAUGAGAAGUGAAAGGCUAGACAUAUGAAAAUACAUUAACUCUGUUUUGCAAAAUUCUGUUCCCUAUCUGUCCUACAUUUAGUCCUCAGGUACCAGUAUACAGGCGAUGGCUCCAAGAUCCCAACGACGAAAGCACAAGAAACCCCCAUCAUCGGUGGCUCCCCAGGUCCAGACUCCUAUGCCUCAGACCCUCUCAGAACCUGGUCCUAGCAUUGAUUCUCUUGGCUUCUUCUCCCUCGAGAAUAAUGUUCCUGGUCUAUCCCAGCUGAUCCUUCAAAAGCUGAACAUGAAAAGCUAUGAAGAAUACAAGUUGGUGGUAGAUGGUGGUACCCCAGGUUCAGACUUUGGAUUCCAGUGCCCUCAAGAGAUGUUCAAGAAGAUGGAGGACACAUUUCGAUUCUGCGCUCACUGCAGAGUCCUCCCUAGUGGCCUUUCAGGCGCCAAGACCCUGCGGCGCUGCACAAGGUGCAGAAAUGUUUAUUACUGUGGUCCAGAGUGCCAGAGGUCAGACUGGCCAACGCACAGACGAGUAUGUCAAGAGCUGAGCCUCGUAGCUGUGGACCGCCUUGUGGAAUGGCUUCUGGUCAGAGGUGAUUUUGUCCUGCCCUCAGGACCGUGGCCAUGUUUGAGUGAAGUUGUCCAGGACUGGGACUCCUGGUUUUCCAUGCGGGGUUUGGAGCUAGAGGCUGCCCUGGAUGCUGUGCUAGGGAGUCAGGCUAUGACUGUACUGUGGGCUAGUGUCGGUCGGCCACGGCCAGACCCAGAGGUCCUGCAGGGCUCAUUGAAGCGACUGCUGACAGAUGUCCUGUCACGGCCCUUGACACUAGGCCUGGGGCUUCGAACCUUAGGAGUAGAUGUUGGGAAGAGUGGAGGAAGCACCGUGCAUGUGGUUGGUGCCUCCCAUGUGGAGACAUUUCUUACUCGCCCUGGGGACUAUGAUGAACUUGGGUGCAUGUUUCCUGGGCACCUUGGCCUCCGUGUGAUCAUGGUGGGUGUGGACGUGGCUGUUGGCUUUUCACAGAGCACCCCAUCUUCACCACUGGAAGCUGGCACCGUUCAGCUGACUAGUCACAGGGGCCUCUAUCAUGACUUCUGGGAGGAGCAGGUUACUGCUGGGCAGAUAGCCCGUCCAGACUUGGUGGUGGCGUUCCAUCCAGGUUUUCACGCUUUCCCAGAUUUACUAGAGUCUUGGCUGCCCACCCUCCUGCUACUGCGUGAUUAUGAGGUCCCUACCUUGAUUACUGUUUACAGCCGUCAGGAGUUGGCAGCCUCUUUGCAGAUUUUGGUGGACCUGGAUAUGCACAUCACCACCUAUGGAGCUAAUCCUUUCGCAUCCCUCAGACCUGAGCAGGCCUAUUCCAACCCCAAUAAGCAGCCAGUGUACUGCAGUGCCUACUACAUCAUGUUUUGUGGAAGCUCCCACCAGCUGGGGAAGAAGCAGUUGGAAGAGGAAGUGGAUGGUGUGGCUUAAAUAUCUGAGCCAGUUCCUAACUGAGUGGCUAGAAAGUGGGGGAGUGAUGAGGAAAUUACCCCACUGAUACCAGGUCGUUGUUGUCUUUGAACAACAUCCAAAACCUUACUCACUUAUCUAGGCAAAGACUCUAAGCUGAAUGGAAGGUCUUUGUUAUUGUGACUCAUUUAUAAGAGAUCAACCAUAGGUAACUUCUUGAAUAAGUAGUUUCUUUUUUUUCUUUUUUUUUUUAGUCUUUUACUUUUUUUUAAUAUAUAUAUUUUUAAUUUAUUCUUUUAUUGAAUCACCAUGUGGAAAGUAACAAAGCUUUCAGGUUUAAGUCUCAUUUAUGCAAUGCUUGAACACCCAUCCCUUCACCAGUGCAGAAAAGGUAGUUUCUAUUUAGUGUGUCACCUGAGAUGCUGGUGUCAAUCUGUGAGAGCCUAUAGUUCCUAACACUUUCUUUUCUCAAAAGAAAAUUGCACUUUUUACUUGAACUUAGUGAUACCAUGAGGAAAAGAAUGGUAUCUUAUUCUUCUGAAAGAGUUUUUUUUUUUCUUUUUUGGGUCACACUUGGCAAUGCACAGGGGUUACUCCUGGCUCUGCACUCAGGAAUUACCCCUGGUGGUGCUCAGGGGACCAUAUAGGAUGCUGGGAAUCGAACCUGGGUCGGCCACAUACAAGGCAAAUGCCCUACCCACUGCACUGUUCCUCCCAGCCCCAAGAGAGUUUAUUGUUAUCCAGAAAUUUGUGUUAAAAAAUGAAAGGUGUUAAUAAUUUAAAGUGGUACAAGAAUAGCAAGUCUGGCUGGAGAGACUGGGCAGCAGUAGGGCAUGCUUGCCUUGUACACAGCUGACCUGAGUUAGAUUCCCCACACGCAAAGGGUCUUUCAGGCCUUGCUCAGAGUGACCUUGAGUGCAGCGCUAGGACUAAGCGCUGAGCACUGCCCCAACACAGCAGCAACAACAACAGAAUGGCAGUCAGGAGAGUGAUUGGGAGCAUGAUGGGAGAAGUGGCAUGCUUCUUUAUUUCUCAACUUUUUUUUAAUAAAUAUUUAAUUUUGUGUGUGUGUGUGUGGGGGGGAGCACCUCUGACCCUUGAGCAGUUUUUUGUCCAGGUUUUCAGUUGUAAUGUUUUCUCUUUCUUGGUACUUGGUUUAAGUCCAGACCGCAUUUAACUGAGGUGUGCCUUCUACCACUGAGUUACAUCUCUGGCACCAGUUUUAAUACUUUAUAUGUCCCAGGAUAUAUUAGACUUGACUUGAAUGUAUCCAAGUUGUACUAAUCUGUACUGCAAUA